UAUUUCAGCUGUUGUUUAGUGUGACUGGUCUUUUACGAGUGAAACGGCUUUGGCUUGAAACCGAUGCGAGUAGUGCCGCCGAGCGCGGAGACUUUUCUAACAGGGUCUUUGGUCUCCGAUGAAAAAAAUCUUCGAGCGCUAAGAUCAAUGUCACCAUGAGCGGCUUUACCGGCAGGAGAAAUAAAACCACACAGGGAGUGGAGCUGCAUGUGUUUUAUGUUCCCGAAGAUCAGUUUGAUCGGAGGCUGAAUAAAGUGUCGGCUGAUGCUGUGAGCGCUUUCAUAUCAGCAGGAUUUAUCAGGGUUGAUUCUGAUAUGACACUGUCUGAUCUCAGAGCUGAACUUGGAUGCUUUCUCGGGCUGGACAGGAUCACUGAUAAAUAUGUGUUCUUAAAAUGUGUCGGCAGAAGUUUGGCUCUGGUUAAAUUCAGGCAAGAAGGAGAACUGACUGUAAAAUCCUUUGCUCCACCGUUUGCUCCUUUUCCUGAACUCUAUCUUCUGCCGGUGGGUGAACAUGACAGUGGUCUUUGCUCUAGCUCACUGACCCCUGAUACUUUAGUCAGCAGCGCUGACCAUCACAGUCAAGAUUUACUCAGACCAACAUGUGCACCUGGCCAGAGUAAAGAGCCCAUUAAAUUCCCUUCAAUCAACAAGAGAGCUCAACAGUCGGUCCAUAUGCCGGCGGAAGAGAAGAACGGGAGCGACGAAGACACACAAUCCACAGAUACACGUCAUCUGAUAUACAGUUCACAUGAUCAGAAGGACCCUGAGGCCAAACAGUCUGAAAGGCAUAUUGCUAAACGGGAUGUUUAUUCUCAAGUAAAAAUGGAUACAGUCACAAAAACAAAACACAGCUUUAAAAGAACUUCCAGUGGAGAUCCAGGGUUACUAGUGGAUGCUGACCAAUCUCCUGUAUUGGUUAGGAAAUUCAAUACCUCAAUGACAUUGAAAUCAAGCGGAGAAAAAUCUGAUCAUGUGGUUCCUGUGAGCAGACCAAACUCUCCACUCCCUACAGUGUGUUGUUCUCAACUGUCUCUCUAUUCUCUAGAACUUUAUACACAACAAACAACCACAUGUGACGAGUUAAUAAAGGAAAUCAAGGGACUGAAAGACCAGAGAAAACCGCUUGAACAAACCAGACAAGAGCUUUUGAAAAAGGGCAGAGAGCUUCUAGCUCUUAACAGACAUCGCAGGAAUCAAGCCCGUGACAAAUGGAAAAGGAAAUAUUUUGACACUAAGAAGGCCACAGUUCAACACGAAACGACUCUCAGGAGUGUUAGACAGGAACUUCACACUUUUUAUUGUAAAAUGCUACGGCAACUCCAAGCCCGAGAAAGUACAAGACGUCAAACACAAGCUGGAAAACUGUCAAGCACAAAGAAUGAUUUGAUAAUCCAGAUUAUGACAGAGAGCUGUGAAAUUGAUAAUCUGAGGAAAAAUGUGGAUGAUGCUAAAAUGAAACUGGCCACAGAGAUCAAGCUGAGAAAUCAAGCAUCUACAGAACUGCAGGCACUGAGGGCAGAGCUGAUGCAGAAGAGAUCUCAGAUCUGAACAUGAAUCUGAUGUCAUAAAUUGCAAUUUUAUAAGACAUUUUAUUAGUUGUGAUUUGACUUGAUGCUAAAAUAUCUAAAUUCAUGAAGUAUCAAAAUAAGUAUUUUAAGUAUUUUAAAGGUGAAAUGUGAGUAAUUUUCUUUGUUUAAAGGAGUCUUAAUUAACGACAAAAAUUAAUAUUAUCGUUU